AGUCGCCUGUAGUAUAUAACUGGAUCGUCCAGGCGAGGCAGUCGCCAUAAUGACAGCAAUGUUGAAGUUGUGUUGGCUCGUCGUUUGCUCCGCACUGAGCGUCAGCUCUGCGAACCCUCCUCAUAUAGUGUUGAUUGUUGCUGAUGAUUUGGGCUGGAAUGACGUCAGCUGGAACAACCCCGACAUUUCGACCCCAAACCUGCAGGAUCUGGCUAGCCAGGGCGUCAUCCUCAACUCAUCCUACGUCAUGCCUGUGUGCUCUCCAACAAGGGGUGCCCUUCUCACUGGCUAUUACCCAUAUCAUCUUGGACUACAGCAUGGAAUUAUCAAAGGUGACACCCCCUCGUUUUUGACAACAACUAAGAGUACGGUCUCUGAGAAACUGCACGAUAACGGCUACACCACACACAUGGUCGGCAAGUGGCACCUCGGGAUGUGCAACUGGACUUACACCCCUACGUAUCGAGGGUUCGACACUUCCGGAGGGCUUCUCGGUGGUUCGGCUGGACAUUAUGACCAUAUGAAUGGUAACGGUUUUGAUUUCCGUAUCAACACAACCGUCGACCACUCUUAUGAUGGCAUACAUUCUACGGAGGCGUAUACUGACAUAGCCAUAAACGCCAUCAACGGCCAGGACCCCGACAAGCCCAUGUUCCUGUACCUCGCCUACCAGGCCGCACACACGCCCCUCGAGACGGAUCCUGCAUAUGAGGCUCAGUACAGCAGCGUCGUCAACGAUAACCGUCGUAUUUACAGCGGUAUGGUAACCCAGAUGGACGAUUCCGUUGGUCGGAUAAGGAAAGCUCUCGAGGACAAGGGAUUCCUGGACAAUUUAGUGCUUGUGUUCAUUUCAGACAAUGGAGGAGACGUUAACAAUGGCGGAAACAACUACCCCCUAAGGGGGAGCAAGUCCACCUACUGGGAGGGUGGGGUGAGGACCCCGGCGUUCGUCUACAGUAAGACUCAUCUAGACGUCACGGGAUACACCCAGUCAAACUUCCUGCACGCAGUCGACUGGUACCCAACGCUCUUGGAGGUCGCUGGAGUUUCACAAAGCGACAACAUCGACGGUGUGAGUCAGUGGGAUAUGAUCAAGAGCCAGGGCGCGUCAGCCAGAACAGAGUUUGUCUACAAUAUUGACGAGAUCAAGAACACUGCAGCCAUCAGGGUCGGGUCCUACAAGCUGACCAAAGGGAGCCCUGGUAGCAAAAGUGACAUCUACGACGUCCCACUCACCAACAGACGCCGGCGAGCCGUGAGAAACAGAGCGACAUCGGUUAAAUAUCGUCUCUUUGACAUCGACGCCGAUCCGACUGAAAGCAGAGACUUGUCGAGGAGGCUCCCGGACCUGGUGGAUCAGCUGAAGGCCAAACUAGAUACCUUGAGUGCCACAUUUACCCCUGCCCACGUCCCAGCCGCUGACUCUAACGGUAAACCCAGGAACUGGGGAGGGGUGUGGACACCAGGAUGGUGCGCUGGUGACCUGUAGUCGCUGAUAAAUGACCACUGACAACUACACUGAAGCUCCAAAACAUUCCUAUCUGAAUACACUUUAUACACUUAACAACUUAACAUUGUACCAGAAUGGAACUAGCGCUCGCUGCAAGAUGUACAUGUACCCGCUGAAUCGCUCAAUUUCAGAGUCCUUAAAAAGGUUUUCUUUUUAACAGUGAUUUUAUUUCGCGCUUAAAUCAGCAAGAUUAUUGUCUUCUGUUGUUACUGGUUGAUCAAGUUCUUGAAUAAACUAUUAAUACCUAUCA